UCGGGGCCCGGCCUGGCGAGGAGGCAACGGAGUCUCAGUCGUUCACCAGAGAUCGGUCGUUCAUGUAUGCUGCUCGAUCUGCGGCCCCUGUCCAGGAUAACUGUAAAUCCGUGACAAAGAAAGAGAGAGACAGUAAAGAAAGGAAGAGACAGAGUAAAAGACAGACCUUGGACUGACCGCGGGCAGAGUAGCUAAGUAAUCGAUCUCUCAACAUUCGCGUACAUCGUGUAUGAAACGUAAAUAAUAGUGACUGUUGGAACAGUGAUCGAAGAGAAACUUUCGUUUCGUUUAAUUAUAAUAUAUUAUUAUUAUUAUUGUUGUUAACAAUAUAUCGUCGCAGAUUUUUUCUCUCUCUCACUCACUCUCUUUCUCUCUCUCUCGAAAUGAAUUUUAACAGGGAAUGCCAUGCCUUCUAACUUGCUAACUUCGGAUCAUUGACAUUUGGGAUCCCGAGAUUCGUCUGAAAGUGAAUAAACGCAAAUCGCAGUUUUUUUUUUUUUUUUGGAAACGGAACGGACAGUGAUUUGACAGCUGAUUGCUUGAAAACUUCGAAAAAGAGAAGAACUGAUCGGAAGAAGUGAUUAUUUGUGCUGCGAUUGAUGGUUCAGAGGAAUGCUAUUGAGAUCGGACGUGGGAAUGGUGGCGUGAAACAGCAAGGCAAAAGUCACGUUAACACGCGUAAACGCACAUCAGGAUGCCAAAAAUCUUCCUGAUCAAAAAUCGGCUGCACCAGCAGCAACUGAGGUUGCUGGAAGCGCAGCACCUUGGGAAAAGCCCGCCACCCUGUAGUGGUAAAGAAAGUCCUCUUGGCAGUGCCGAACCUCUCAGUCUUAUUGUGAAUAAACAUCAAUAUCGCGAGAAAACGGAUGAUGACCGUGCGACGACCCCGGAGUCGCUUCGCAGUAGCAGCCCGGCCUCGUCUCCACCCCCUCAAUGGCAAUCGACGAACACACCGAGUAACACGCCGCCCAGACGAUUUAUCUCGAGUAUCCUCGGUGGGGAUAUCCCGUACGGAAGCAGGGGUCACGUUCUAACCAGGGCGGAGCGCAAGGAGUACAGCAAUCCCCCAAUCGCGCCCCCGUCCAGUGAUGCUACGCAAUUCCUCGCUAAAUCGGAAAAAUUGGUGUUGCCCAGACCAACCACCCCUCCGAAAGCGCCCAGGGUCGAGCCGCCCACACGGGUCUCGGUCAUUCAAAGGGUCCCUCCUUCCCAAAGUCAAUCGAGGAGGGAAGACAAGAUCGAGGUGCCACAAACUCAAGAGCCGGAACAAGAGCAGCCUAUCGAUUACGCGGUGCCGAAGAGAAAGGAAGAGGACGAGGAGCGAGGCCGCGAAGGCGCAAAAGUGUCACGCGCCGCGAUAGGCAACUCGAUUGCCAGGCCUCUGCUGGCCAUGAGACUGUCCGGUCCCCAAGUGGUCCACGCGGCCGCAGGCCACGGAAGAUCGUCGAAUUCCGGCGGGAGCGGCGGUUCCGGGUCCGGCAACACCUCCAGCGGCGGCGGCGGCAACUCGGGAGGCGGUUCCUCCUCCUCCUCCUCCUCGAAUUCGGGCGGAAGUGGCGGUUACUGCGGGGGAGGAGCGGCCACUGGCGGUGGAGGUGGUGGUGGAGGUGGUGGCGGAGGUGCCGUGGGCGGAGGUGCGGGCGGCGGGAUGAAUCCCGGAGGAAACGGGGGCCGGGGAAAUUACGGGCCAAGCUCGCCGCCCACCGGCUCCCUGCCGCCGUUCUACGAGUCGCUCAAAGGCGGCAAUAAUCUGGCGAAUUUCGCGAAUCAGUACAACACCACUCAAGGAAAUGGAUACCUGACACCAUCGCCAACGGUGGGGAUGGAAUGCGACACCGGUCAGCAGGACGUGAACUCGCAGCAUUCCCAAUACAACGCUCAAGAAGGGAAGCAAUACUCCCUGUUGCAAAAUGUCUGCGCCUCGUACGGUUUAACGUUGAAGGAGGAAGAAGAUUUGUCCCCGUACAAGAUCCAAGCGAACGAUCUGCUGUCCGGACAAUAUGGCGCAUACGACAUGACCGAUACGGGAAUGAUGGUGGACAUGGUGACUGGCGCUGUUGUGGAUCCUCUUCAAUUCACCGCCACUCUAACGUUCAGCUCACCUUCCGAUCAUACCGCCCUCUUGGAAAGCCUGAGCGACGCUGCCGACCUAUUCCUGCCGAGAUUACCGGCCGAAGAUGGUAGCAACGAUCUUCUCGAAGAAUCGUUGCAUUCGCCUGCUUCGGCUGGGAGCGGGAUCGGCCAGGAUAACGGGCAAAUGACCACUCCUGUAGAGCCGAGCGUCGAUCCUUUCCCAGAGCAUAGCAUGGCCUUGACUAGAAGCUUCGAUACGUCGAGGCACUAUACGGCAGCUCCUCAACAUUUCAGCACUUCGAAAUUAGGACUAACUUAUGCUACAGGCGAAUCGAGUUAUCAAUCCGUUUCAAAAGAACGGCCCGAACUCGCGCUUCACAUUAAUCAGAAUCAUCAACACCAAUCCGAACCACAGCUGCAACAAUUGCAGAUACAGGUGCAGUUGCAGCAACAACAACAGCAACAACAAACAACGUCCACUUCACCUCAUCAACAACAACAUCAAGGAUUACUCAGCCCGGGAUUAAGCUUCACCGGUCUGGAACUAGAUUCAGGUAGUAGCGUGGGUGGAAGUUUACCAAGUCCCGGAGCAGCGAGCUGUUCGUUAGACGCUGCUUCUACUAGUACGUCGCCAUCUUGCGCUUUGAUGGAGCAUGCGCCUAGCCCAGCAGCCACUGUAUCUUCGGCAUCGGUAAAUACUGUACAAUCGACAGGUCCAGCCGGAGAACCACCACUGACGCAACGGGUCGGUGUACUGCAGCAAAGGCUGGGAUUACCUGGUGACUGUCAAUUGGAGUUCGUGAACGGUGGCCACGGAAUUAAAAAUCCACUCGCGAUUGAGGGUCAGAGACAGGCAGCGGCUAAUCGCGAGGAAGAGAGAGCAGCUCGACCUCCGCCUGGCAAGGACGACGAUCCAAAUCGUUUUACGUGCCGUGUGUGCAGCAAAAAUUUCAGUCUGCAACGAUUGUUGAAUCGUCACAUGAAAUGCCACAGUGAUGUGAAACGUUAUUUAUGCACAUUCUGCGGUAAAGGCUUCAAUGAUACAUUUGAUUUGAAGAGGCAUACUAGAACGCACACUGGUGUUCGACCAUAUAAAUGCAAUCUUUGUGAAAAGAGCUUUACCCAGAGGUGUUCCUUGGAAAGUCAUUGUCUUAAAGUUCAUGGUGUUCAACAUCAAUAUGCCUAUAAAGAACGUCGAACAAAGGUAUACGUGUGUGAAGAAUGUGGUCAUACGACACAGGAACCGGAGGUUCACUACCUACAUUUGAAAGAUAAGCAUCCAUACAGCCCGGCUUUGUUGAAAUUUUACGAUAAGCGACAUUUCAAGUUUACCAACAGCAAUUUCGCCAACAUGCUGCUCCAGGGUGGCCUGUUGCAACGGGACUCGCGGAAUACGGACAGCUGUGUAAAAUCAGCCUCGAAAAGCCUUGAGGCGCCUCUUCAACGCUCCUCAACGUUGUUGCAUCUGGGUCGAGCUUCCAGUUUCUGAUGACUAAUACGAUGACUAAAACCCGACGGGAGGAAGAGAGAAGAGAAACGGCGGCGAAAUGGAGAGAAGAAGAGGAUAGCUGGUUCCGAUUUUUUUUUAGAGGAAACUCGAUCUAAAAUGCCAUCGAAUCCCGAAGUAAACGUCGCGCGAAAAGUACCUGUAAGGUGGCUCCCCUCUAGCGGUGACACGUGACAGUAUCGUGGGCCAAUGGCGAUCGGACUUGUAUUAAAAAGAAUUCUAAAAAGAAAAAAGAAAUUGCAAUUUCUCUAUAUAAGAUUUAAACGGACUCGUGACUUUCAGACCUAGACGGAAAAACGAGAGAACAUUAUUUGUAUA